AGCCAGGCCUGCUUCUCUGCCGCAUCAUGUUCUAGAGGUCGACGGCUUCAUUUAUCCUGCUGCGCUGCACUCCCCGACCGCCGACGGGAGCCUCUGCACAUUCAAUAAGGUACCCAUCACCCAUAUUCACCCUCCAGCACCACUAUGGCGCCUUACGAACAGCAACCCCUCUACUAUGGAGGCCAACGACACACCACGCGAGACACAUUUCAGACCAUUGACCCUUCCUCUGGACGACCCAUUGCCGACAUAUGCAAAGCAGACAAGUCAUCCGUGGAUGCCGCCAUCAAGUCUGCCAAGAAUGCUUUUCCGAAAUGGUCCGCAAUGUCACCCAUGGAACGAUCGCGCAUCCUAUUACGAGCGGUAGCACUGCUCAGAGAGCGAAAUGAUGAUCUGGCAAAGAUCGAGACUCACGAUACGGGAAAGGCCUUUUCCGAAACCAGCGUGGUCGAUGUGGUCACGGGCGCAGAUGUGCUGGAGUACUAUGCGAAUUUGAUUGCUUCUGGAGGUUUGAACGGCGAAACCACUCAGCUACGGCCAGACGCCUGGAUUUAUACGACAAAAGCGCCCCUGGGAGUAUGUGCGGGAAUUGGAGCAUGGAACUAUCCCAUUCAGAUAGCGUUGUGGAAGUCCGCGCCAUGUCUCGCUGCUGGGAACUGCAUGGUCUACAAACCAUCUGAAUUCACUCCACUACAUGCCCUGAAGCUGGCGGAGAUCUAUACGGAAGCUGGAGUACCCCCGGGAGUCUUCAGUGUUGUACAAGGCGCCGGUGACGUGGGAGCCAUGCUGUCGGGCCAUCCCGACAUCAAGAAAGUGUCCUUUACUGGACAAGUCAGCACAGGCAUGAAAGUUGCCGGGGCAGCUGCAGGAGGCAUGAAGUAUGUGACCAUGGAGCUCGGCGGAAAAUCACCAUGCAUAAUUCUGCCUGACGCGGGUGUGGAUGAUGCUGUCAAUGGUGCUAUGAUGGCCAACUUUUUCUCCACCGGCCAGGUCUGCACGAAUGGCACACGUGUGUUUGUGCCCAGAUCCAUGAAGAGCAAGUUCGAAACAUUGCUCAUCAGUCAAAUGGACAAUGUGCGAGCGGGAGACGUCUUCGACCCCAACACGAAUUUCGGACCACUAGUCAGCGAAACGCACUAUAAGAAGGUCAAUCAAUACAUCAAACAUGCCAUUGACACCGACAAGGCGAAGCUCCUCUAUGGUGGCCCGGGCAAGCCCACUGGCGCGUCUGGAGAUGGCUACUGGGUCAAGCCUACGGUCUUCACAGAUUGCACAGACGACAUGCUCAUCGCGACGGACGAGAUAUUUGGUCCCGUGAUGUGCAUCCUACCAUAUGACGACUCUGCUAACGACUGGCUCGACACUCUGAUUGCUCGUGCCAACAACACCAGUAUGGGUCUGGCGGCGGGUGUCUUCACCAAGAACAUCGAUCUCGGUCACAAGGUGGUUGCCCAGAUCGAGGCGGGCAUCACGUGGGUCAACACUUGGGGAGAAUCCCCUGCGGAGAUGCCAGUCGGUGGUUGGAAGUUGAGUGGCCUAGGUGUGGAGAAUGGUCGGAGAGGGCUUGACAACUGGGUACAAAAUAAGAGCACUCUGGUGGAGAUGGGAGGAAGCGUCCCUGUGGCCUUUGCGAAGUUGUAGAAACCAUCACAAUUGCGCAUAUACACUUGCACGAAUGAUGGACCCCACGAGAGCUGUCUGUACCUUCCUCUACAUAGAUAGAGCUUUGCUGUGAUAUCCCAAUAUACCCAAACAAAGUAACCAACCAAC